AUGUUUUUAAUUAAAAUCAACCUAUUCUGGCUGAUCUUUGGCUCUUCACUGCGUCAAUUCCCUCCCAUUCGUCCACCAAAGUCUCCGCCACCGCCAUUAAAAAGGAGCUGUCAAUCCGACUCUUGUAGUGGAGCUGAGUGGUGUGCGGUGACUGGAUCAUCGAUAAUUUGCAUUAAGCUAAAGCCUUGUAAUCAUCUUGAGGAUUGUCCUGCGAAAUACUCGUGUCAAUACGAUUACAACACUUUAUGGAAAUUCUGUUAUCCAAUUGGUGAGGCUAAGGGUUGCCCGACUGGCGCUUGUCCGCUAAAGCUUCAAUGUGGUGUGCUUCGUGAACAGAUGGUUUAUGUCCCGAAA